GUCGACGCACCAGGUUCGCGGCGCCUCCACUUCCGCUUCCGGUCGAAAAUGGCGGCGGCCGUGGCGGCCUCGGCCCUGCCGGUCGCCUUCGGGCGGCUGGUGUCCACGUGCGGCCGUAGCAUCCUCAGACCUUCGGGGCCCGGAGCGGCCUCCCUGUGGUCUGCUUCUCGAAGGUUCCAGUCGCAGGGCACCUCGCGUCCACAAGGAUACGUUCCUAAGACAUCCCUGAGUUCACCCCCUUGGCCUGAAGUCGUUCUGCCAGACCCCGCCGAGGAGACCAGACACCACGCAGAGGUCGUGCGGAAGGUGAAUGAGCUGAUCGCCACGGGCCAAUACGGCCGGCUCUUUGCCGUGGUGCACUUCGCCAGCCACCAGUGGAAGGUGACGGCCGAGGACCUGAUUCUGAUCGAAAAUGAGCUAGACCUUGCGUGUGGAGAGAGGAUUCGGUUGGAGAAGGUCCUGCUGGUCGGCGCUGACGACUUCACGUUGCUGGGCAAGCCGCUCUUGGGGAAGGAUCUUGUUCGCGUAGAAGCCACCGUCAUUGAAAAGACAGAAUCAUGGCCAAAGAUCAACAUGAAGUUUAGGAAAAGGAAAAACUACAGGAAGAAGAGAAUUAUUGUGAGCUCGCAGACUGUCCUCCGGAUAAACACCAUUGAGAUUGCUCCGGGUCUGUGCUGAUCAUCGAGCCGGCAUUUGCAGAAAAAAAAUAAACCCGUUUUCCAGGGA